AUGGAUAGAGUGUUUGAGGUGUUGUCCAAAAUAAAUGCCAUCACUCCAGAACCGAUAGACAUAAAAGAAGUAGGGCAUGAUUUCACCUAUUCUUGCAAAUUCUAUAUGGGGGUUGUUGGACAUUCCAUUCAAAAUUGUAACGACUUUCUUCGUAAGUUACAAGAGUUGAUGGAUUUGUCAAAAAUCGAGUUUUAUGAAGUAGGUGAAGAGGAUUUGGUUGGAACCAUAAAUGAAGAGUCCCCAACUGUCGUGGCAUCAAAUUCGGUGAGUAUGGGUAAACCUAAACCUCUCACCAUUUUUUAUGAAGAAACAAGGAGUCCGAUGAAUAAUAUGCCCUCUACUAUGAUCGGAAGUGGUAUCACCAUCGAAGUCCCCAACCCGUUCCCUUACAAAAGUGAUAAGGUUGUCCCAUGGAAUUACGAGUGUAAUAUUUUAGGCACAACUUCAUCCGCCCCUCAAGCAUUUUUUGAAGAUCUAACUGGUGUGGGGGGUAUAACGCGAAGUGGGAGAUGUUAUUCCCUUAAAAUAGCAGAAAGAGUUGAAAAAGGGAAACCCACACAGGGAGAAGGAGGCCUGAAGGAAGCAAAUACCUUUUCCAAGGAUCAAGUUGUCAAAUCUGUAGUUGCUCCGAACAAUGAGGUCAAAAGACUUGUUACCGAGAAAGAAGCGGGUGAAUUUCUCAAGUUUAUCAAACAUAGUGAGUACAGUGUGGUAGAACAAUUAACUAGAAUGCCUGCUUGCAUCUCACUGUUGUCCUUGCUUUUGAAUUCGAAAGCACACAAGAAUGCGCUGCUUAAAGUCUUGAAUCAAGCUUAUGUGGCACAAGAUAUAUCAGUGAAAAAGUUGGACCAUAUCGUGGGAAACAUUACAGUGGGGAACUUCAUUGCCUUUAAUGAUGAAGAAAUUCCAUCGGGUGGUCGAGGAAGUAACAAAGCUCUGCACAUUACCAUCAAAUGCAAGGACCAUGCCGUACCUAGGGUUUUGGUCAACAAUGGCUCAGCUUUAUAUGUCUUGCCUCGCUCUACCUUGACCAAGUUGCCAAUAGAUGUCCAAUUUCAAGUCAUGGACAUUGCCCCGUCUUACAAUUGCUUAUUAGGGCAUCCAUGGAUUCAUAUGGUGGGAGCCAUACCAUCUUCUCUUCAUCAAAAAGUUAAAUUCAUAGUUGAGGGCCAACUGAUAAGUGUAUCUGCGGAGGAAGACAUAUUGGCUAUUCAACCAUCAUCUGCUCCCUAUGUAGAGGCAGCAGAAGAAGUCCCAGAAUGCUCUUUCAAAUCUUUUGAAUUUGUUAAUGCUACUUAUGUGGGGGAAAGAGAAGUGAUAUCGACUCUUCAUUUGUUAGUAGCAACUAAAAUGGGGGUUAAGCAGACAGUGGGUAAAGGAUGCAGUGUCGGUUUAGGGCUAGGAAAGAAUUUAUAA